AAGUAGUAAGCAGUUUCAUCAUUUUUUCUUUUUUUCUCUCUUUUGGUACAUUGGAAAGAAAGAAAGGAAGCUUCAAUUUCUUCCAAUAAAGCGUGUUUUAGAACGUGCUUUUAAGUAUUUAGUUUUUCACAAGCUAGGGAAGACAUGGGAGAAGUGGCUGAUGAAGGUCAAUAUUUCAGAUCAGAAAUAGCUCUAUUGAAUUACUCGGAUGCAACCUUCAAACCCCCACUUUCUUCUCUGUUGAUACACAUUGAUCCACUCAUAAUACCCAAUGGCCACACUUGUUCUGCAUCAGAAUCUGAUCCAUCACCCACUUCUCAGCACCAUCAGCAGGAGCAGCAUCCCAAAGAUGCCUGGCUUCCAAUCACUGAAUCAAGAAAUGGAAAUGCCUAUUAUGCAGCCUUUCAUAUUCUUAAUUCCAACAUUGGAUUCCAGGCUCUCAUGCUUCCCGUUGCCUUCGCCACUCUUGGUUGGGCAUGGGGUACAGUAUGUUUGUCACUAGCAUUUGUUUGGCAACUCUAUGCCAUAUUUCUUCUUGUUCAGCUUCACGAAUCCGUCCCCGGAAUUCGUCACAGCAGAUACCUCUUCCUUGCCAUGGCUGCCUUCGGUAAAAAGUUAGGGAAGGUGGCAGCAUUAUUCCCGGUAAUGUACCUUUCAGGAGGCACAUGCGUCAUGAUAAUCAUCACCGGUGGUGGGACCCUGAAACAAUUAUUGAAGACGCUUUGCGACAACGAUGAUCAUGUUCAUGAGCAAAUAACAUGUAAUGCCCACGCGCUUAGCGGGGCUGAGUGGUUCUUGGUGUUUACCUGUGUCGCCAUUCUCAUUGCACAGUUGCCCAACCUCAACUCAAUGGCCAUGGUUUCUCUCGUCGGCGCCGUUACCUCCGUUACUUAUUGCACCCUCUUUUGGGUUCUCUCUGUUAAGAAUGGUAGGCCCAACAACGUAUCCUAUAGCUCAUCCCUGCAGUCCCAAGAACACACACCAGUGGCUAAGAUCAAUGGCGUUCUCAAUGCCAUUGGAAUCAUUGUGCUAGCCUUCAGAGGACACAAUGUUUUGCCCGAAAUACAGGGGACGCUGCCUUCAAAUUUCGAACAAACAUCCAAAAGACCAAUGCGAAGAGGAGUUAGCAUAUCAUAUGUACUCAUUUCCAUGUGCAUGUUUCCCCUCGCAAUUGCCGGAUUUUGGGCCUAUGGAAACCAGAUAAAUGACGGGGGAUUGUUAACUUCGUUCCCACAAUUCCACAAGAGGCAAAUCACAAAAUUCUCUAUGGGUGCAAUAUAUGUUCUAGUAAUAAUACAUUGUUUAACCAGCUUUCAAAUAUAUGCGAUGCCUGUUUUUGACAACCUGGAGAUAAGAUACACGAGCAUAAAGAAUCAGAGAUGUCCACGAUUGGUGAGAACAUGCAUAAGACUAUUCUUUGGGGGGUUGACAUUUUUUAUUUCGGUCACGUUCCCAUUCCUUCCACGCCUAUCAGCACUACUCGGAAGCAUGACCCUUGUGCCCAUUACAUAUGCAUACCCUUGUUUCAUGUGGCUAUCCCUCAAGAAGCCUCGUCCAAGAGGUUUUGUUUGGUGCUUCAACGUUGCACUCGGUUGUGUAGGGAUGCUUCUCAGUGCUCUUUUGGUAGCUGCAGCUAUACGGACUCUAGCUCUCAAUGGCCUAGAUGCUAACUUCUUCAAACCAUAACAAUUAAUAUUAUGCCAUCCAACAGCAACUAGUAUAUUGCCAACAAUUUAUUUUAAUCUACUGUUAGUGAUAUACAGAAAAUCAUUUUUGAACAUGAUACUCCAGUAAUACAAACGUUAAGUUUUGAAUUUUUGUAUCUCUCUUAAUUAUUAUCAUAUAUUCAUAUUAUAAUACUGAUCAUA